CCCAGGAGAGCGAGAGACAGUUCGGGAGGUAGACUUUCGUGACGGUGUCAUAACUACACGGUGUCCCUCCGCGUUAUUAACUUGACAUGGAGCUCACAGGGAGUUUGGACCGCUUUUAUUCCGUACUUUUUGUAGUGUUUUUAUCCCGUAACCAUUGAUGGAUUUUGAGAAACAAUUAAUUUUCCCCUCGGAUGUUCUCAAGAGGAUCGUAUCUAAUUUCUUACAGUGCAGCGGAGGCACUAAACUCAGGGGAACGCGUGUCUGUCUGUCCGUCCGUCCGUCCGUUUGUGUGUGUGUGUUUUUAGUUUCCACAGCGAGUUUCUUUAAAUGAAGACCGACUGUAGAACAUAAGUAGAUGGGUCUGUUAGAGAGUCGCUUUGGUUUUCAGACCAAGUUAGAAGUGAAGUAAGGCACCGGCCCAUUUACUUUAGUUAAUCAUUAUAUCGAGCGGCCGAAUUGAACUUCUGCGAGGAUUAUUUUUCGCAACUCUUUGGUUGUAAAAAAAAUUAUAUAUAUAUAUAAAUAUUACCCAACUUCUUGGCAACGCUGUCCCGUCAACAUGCCUCAUAACUUUGCGGCGGCAACCUGUACGCCAGCCUUUGAAGUUCAAGUUGUCGCUCUUUGCUUUGUGUGAAGAUUUAUACAGAAACACAGUGGAGGAUGUGUGUGUGUGUGUGUGUGUGUGUGUGUUUGUCAACUCGUGUUUGUCGUGAAAGUGUGAUUUGUAAGGUCCAGCGAAGGGUGCACACGCUGUCAUAUUAACAGCAGUUAGGAUACGGAUGAAGAGGGGAGCUGCCCUUCUUCUUGGAGAGAGAGAGAGAGAGAGAAAGAGAGAGCGAGGGUACAGCAGCUCAACUCGAGCCCGAAACACGUUACAAACGAGGACGUUUGUUUGUGUUGUCUCGUGAAGCCCGGGCCCACUUCAAGCUCGCGCACAACGCGGCGUGUCCUCGCUGCGCCUUUGAGCGUGCACGUUUUUUCACCACCCGCAUUAACGACACUGGAUAAAAGUUCGGAAGUUUUUUAUUCUUCUUUUUCUCCCCGUAACAACGCGCAGUGUCCCGUGCAGGACACCGGAGUGAUAGGCUUCGCUACAACGUUGCAGAGUUUAAAUAUUAACUCCGGUGCUGAAUGGAAGUUUUGGGACAUUCACGCGCGAGUUCUGAUGGCAGUCCUCCGGCUGUAAACGUUUGGAUUGUAUCCGUGUAGCACUUUUUGUUGUUGUUUUGUCCUCGAGGCAGGAAGAAGAACUGGGACGUGUGCGUACACAUAGACCCAUACAUAUUCUCCCCGCCCGUCUCUCCGCGGUGCUCGCCUGCUUUGAAGUGCACCAUGUGCGGCCGGGCACCGCCGCUACAGCCGAGGCCAUGACCGUCGCGCAGCGGCGCCUGGCCGGGCUCUGGCCGUGGCUGCUCGUGGCGGCCCUGCAGGUGGUGCUGGGCCAGCCGGGCCUGGAGUCCGAGCGGCCGGUCCUCCGAGCGGUCAUCAAGGUGGCACUGCUGAACCACGAGCCGACGGGGAAGCCCAUCACCCUGGAGGGGGUGUUCGUGGGAGGAAGUGCCGGCUACGCGGAGGGGAAACUAAUGCAGUAUCACCCUCUGUCUCUGUGCAACACAAGCGAGGAUGAACGACAAGAGAGUCCCUUCAUCACCAUUGUCAAACUGGAGCACAGGGUCCCCCGCUGUCUGCCGCUGCUCGAUAAGGCCCGCAUGGCGUUGGACAAAGGGGCUCAGGCUGUUAUCUUUGAUGUCAGUGAUGACGCCAACGCUGCGGCUGAGCUGCGAGAAACGGACUCCCUUCCACGUCCAGUCGUGCUGGUGGAGGCGGAGGAUGCUGAGGAGUUGAUGGGUCUGGUCAACAAGAACGAAGAGGCCAAAGUUCGUAUCGAGAUCAUGGUGGAACAGCCCAGAUGGCCACAUUAUGAUGUGGGUAUCCUGCUCACCAUCGUCCUCGCUAUUCUGACCAUCGUCCUCAUCUUCGCUUUCCGCUACAAGUGCAAGUCCAACAGGACCUGGGACUCUGUCCAUCAGCAGACCAUGCAGGCCAUCAGUCGACUGGAGACCACGACCUACAGCUCCCAGGGCUGCUCGGGCUCCCAGCGCCACCGAGCGGCCUGGGGGUCAGCCAGCAGCUCCAACUCCAGCCCCGUCUGUGCCAUCUGCCUGGAGGACUUCCAGGAUGGGCAGCAUUUGAGGAUCAUCUCCUGUGCCCAUGAGUUCCACAAAGAUUGCGUCGACCCCUGGCUGCUUCAACACCGCACCUGUCCCCUCUGCAUGCACAACAUCAUGGGGACGGAGCGGCAGCACCAGAGGAACAGGCUCCAGCCGAGUCCAGAGCAGAGCCAGGGUUUCUUGCACCCUCAGCCUUACAGCAGCCCGCGCAACCACCCCUUCCCCCAGCAUGCCAUCCCCUUCUCCAUGAGGCCCCACUAUCCUCGGGGACCCUCUGGACAUUAUCCCUCGCUCAGCCACUACGCUGGCCCUUCCGCCGUGGAUCCCCAAACACUACAUUUCCUCGCCAGCAGGCCGCUUGCGUCGGGCUGUGGGUACCACCUUCCUGCAGAGGGUCCCGGGAGGGCCCACAGGAUCGGAGGUAACUGCAGGACGUCCACGCACCACUACACCCCCCGCCGGUCCUGCCAAAACUAUCGCUCGUCCUGUCCGGCCCAGCGCAGUUUGUCCAGCUCACGGCUGCACCACGUCGUCUCCGUCGCGCCACAGGUCUGCGUGGCGCCGGCCCACGGCAGGCAGGACAACGCCAGCUGCUCCGACGGCAGCUACCACACGGAGCGCAGCGGAUACUUGGCCGACGGGCCUGCGAGUGACUCCAGCUCGGGACCCUGCCACGGCUCCUCCAGCGACUCCGUUCUCAACUGUACCGACGUGUCCCUGCAGGGGGUUUAUGGCAGCUGGUCCACCUUCCGUAGCUCUCUGAGCAGUGACUACGAUCCGUUUGUGUAUUACGGGCCGGGUUCUGGGCGCGCCCCCCGCAGGAGCAGCCUGGAGGCAUGCGCCCAGGCCCGGCCCAGGUCUCUGGAUUCUGUGGUGAACAAAACGGGUUGCCCCGAAGAGCAGCUGCAGACUGUGUUCAGUCACAUCCACUACCACCGCCACAGACACCACCACUACGAGGAGGGGGAGCUCAGCCAGGGCCCGAGCAGAGGCUCGGACGAGGAGCAGGGGGCGGCGGCUGCUGCUGCUGCUGCUGCUGCUGCUGCUGCUGCUGCACCUGCCACUCUUGUCCUUGAAAGAGACUCGCCUGUCUGCCCUCCUAAGCACAGCCAGUGCCCAAAGUCAGAGCCCACAGAUGGGCCCAGCCCUGGGACAGAGUGCCAGGACCAUGACCCCAGCAGCCCUACAGUACCUCCUGUCAGGGUACAGCUUCAACCCCACUGCUGCCACCAGGGACACGGACACCCUCCCGCUCCUCUCGGGCGAGUGGGUGGCUGUGUGCGUGAUGGCCCCUCUGUUCGCUUCCACCAGAGCCUCGACCUGCAGGAUGAGCGUAGCAUCCACAUCCACUAUGGUCAGGGCCCAGGCUUCUGCUGCUCGCCUCCUGAUUUGCACCCUGCCUUGCUCCCCGUGCCUCUCAUUCUGGACUCUGGAGGUAUGGAGGACUGGCCUUGCUAUGCCGGGGCCCAUGUUGUGUGGCAAAAGCGGGUGCAGCAGGCCCACUCAGAGCCUCAGCUCUUGGGGCCGGGGACCUCUACGGACAGACCACCCUGCAGGUUCCACCACAGCCCUGCUGACCACAACACAGACAUUUGUUUGUACUGCCAAACAUUGCACCACAAUCAGGGAUCAGAAGAGGAGUCUGGUGUGUGAGAACUCGUUGCAUCCCCGUUAUCACGCUGCUACACAGGAGCCAGAAUGGACAAGCCUCCCUCAUUGGCUAUCGCGCUCAUGCCUUCCACUUAAUUCCACCAGCCACGCCUUUCCAUCAGACGAUUCCCAGCUUCCCCCAUCCACAGCUCGCAUGCUGAGAUGCUCCGGCAGCUGAGUUAGAUUGGAAUUUGUAAUAAUGCUGAAAAAGAUUUUAAAACCGAACCCUUCACGAUGUUGUAUAUGAAAAUAUAUUGAAUGAUUUUAA